AUUUAUCAUCGCAUUGAAUCGUAGUGUCAAAAAUACCAUGUGGGUUUGUUAUCAAGUUGAAAAAAAGUAGUUUUCAAAUAUAAUCAAAUUAAUAUGGAUUACGUGGUUGGCAGUGUUGCUGCCUUAAUUUCUGGUAAUGUAACGCCAAACCGCCCAAAGAAGUUUAAAAAAGCCAAUACACCUAUGAAACAUCAGCCUUCGCCAAAUGUGACACCAAAAAGUGAAUUUGUGGAAGAUAGAUCAAUAUUUCUAUCACCGUCGAUGCAAAAGAAAAAGGCUAUAGUGAAAAAAUCACCUAAAAGAAUAUUCGAAAACCCAGAUUUGGAUGUUACUAAAGAAGAUGAAGGUAACUUAAGUUUGACCAGUCCUAAGGCUGAUAAAGUGAAAAAACAUCUUAAAGAAGAGUUAGAAGCUAAUUGUACAGUAGAUCAAGUUAUGUUAAGUCCUAAAUCACCAGAUAGUGAGCAAGAGAAUCUUCAAUCAUCUUCACCGAAGAAAAAAAUAAAAAUGGAUCAAACCAAAAGCAAUGACAAUUUAAAAGAAAUCACACCAAAAAAAAAGAAAAAGCAGCGCAACUCAAUAGUAGAAUCACAAUGUUUGCUACCACUUGACGAAAAUGUAAUGAACAAUAAUGAUAAAGAAAAUCUAACAAAAAUUGUAGAAGUUACUCCAAGUGAGAGCCCUAAAAAGAAAAAUAAAAAAUCUAAUGUUGUAACAGAAGCAGAAGUUAAAGAACCUGACACAAACACUACCCAAGAUGAAAAACAAAAAAGCAAAAAGAAGAAAAAAAAAAAAUCUCCACAGGAGAAACCAGAAACAGAAACUUUGACAAAUAUAUUAGAAUCACAAAGUCCUAAAAAGAAAAAUAAAAAAAACAAAAAAUUAAAUAACACCAAUGGUGAAUCCGAAAAUACAGAUAUUAACAUAAAUGCAGUCUCUAAUAAAGAUGCUGAAUCAAAAGCCAUAAAAAAUAAACAGAAACCAGAAGCUGUGAAAAACGCAUUGGAAUCACAAAGCCCUAAGAAGAAAAAUAAAAAAAUGAAAUUAAAUAACACAGAUGUUGAAUCGGAAAAUUUAAAUAUCAACUCGAAUGCUGUUACUAAUAAAGAUACUGAUUCAGAACAUGAAUCAGAUAAUGAAAUAGAAUCGGAAAAUGAGGAAAUCAAUAAGAAAGCACUUGAAACAGCACCCGCUGAAGAUAGUUCAGAUGAUGAAGCAGAAAAACCUGCAAAGCCUAAAAAGGUGGAAAAUAAAAAAGAAGCUGUAGCAACAGAGGAAGAAAUCAAGAGAACAAUAUUUGUGGGCAAUGUGCCUUUUAGUAGUAAAUGUAAGAAGGAAAUCAAGAAAAUCUUCAGUCAGUAUGGUCUGAUAGAAACAGUCAGAAUUCGUACAGUACCAGUUAAAGAUGCGAGAGUGACGCCCAAGAUGGCUGUGAUCAAGAAUGAGCUACACCCUGAUAGGAGUACAGUGAAUGUAUAUGUGAAAUAUGCUGACACCACUUCUGUAGACAAGGCCCUAGCAGCUAAUAACACGGUUCUAAAUGAUCAUCACCUCCGUGUGUCUCGUAGUGAUACAACGGGAGCAGCUCAUGAUCCGAAAUGUUCAGUAUUUGUGGGUAACAUACCAUUUGCAUUGGAAGAUGAAACAUUGAGGGCUAAGUUUGAAAAGUGUGGUGAUAUUGAAUCAGUUCGGAUUAUAAGAGAUAAGAAAACAAAUGCUGGAAAAGGUUUUGGCUACAUCAAUUUCGCAUCCAAAGACGGCGUAGAAUUAGCACUUGCACUUACAGAAGAGGAUCUCACGAUAAAAAAUAGAAUUAUGAGAGUGAAGAGAUGCACUCAAGCUGCACAGAGGAACACCGGGAAACCCGAUCGAAGAAUCCAGGGACAAGUUCCAGGCAAUCAAUUCGCGAGAGGCAGGUUCCCUGACAAACAAUCAAAUGAUGAAAGGAGUGGUGGAGCGUAUAGACGAGUAAUGAACAAAAGGAGACAUCAGGAUGGGAACGAUGGUCCACCGAAUAAGCGUCAGAACAUGAACCAGCCGCACAAGGAGAAGAAAACGAGGAAGGAGUUUGUUGGGAUCACAGCUGAGAAGAAAAAGAAACAAAAAUUCAACAAGGGGUUGAAGAAAAAGAAAGCUUUGAGUGAAAUAUUAACGAAGUAGUUUUAUCUACUUUUGUGUGAUUAUUGAUACAUAUUGUAAGUUAUUUUUAAUGCUAAUUUUACAUAAUAAACUUGUUAAUUUGAC